UACCCUGAAAGAGAUGUACAUAAGUGCAAAGCGGUCGUCUUAUUUACUUUCUGUCGCUCAUUGUAACGAGCCAGGGAGGGAGCUCUCGCUGGGUCAUCACAAGUUGAAGCGUUUCUCUGUUCCGAGGCCAGCAGGGGUAAAAGUGCUGACGGCAGGCCCAAAAGUUCAUUGAGACUCCCUGAAAGUGGCUUGAGUUCAGCAUAGGCUGCAUCCAAUUAGUUGCCCCCAAAUUUGUUGUACAUGUUGAACACUUUACCUGUUAUUGAGUGCACGUCGUCCAGGGGUUGGAAUUAUUGUAUAAAUACCUUCAUAAUCAUACACCUGGCAAGACUCCUGAAGGACUGAGUGCUGCGUUCAGUCCAGGCAGUAUCGCAGGGCUUGCUGCCUCCUCUCUGUUACCCGUGAUCAGGGAUAGUUGCAAGACUGCAAAGGUUUCUUCUGUGGCCAGAGGCAGCUGGGGAGUGCAACACUGGAUGGCAGAAGUCCUACCUGGCUCCGUGGAAUGAAGCCAUCUUUUACUCUCAACUCUUCCUGCUAGGGUCUGCUGCUUGAGGAUAGGGACUGAACAGGAGGGGAUGCAAGCUGAGUGACUUGGGCGUGCUCUGCUGUCAAGUGUUAACCCCCCGCCCCCAGUACCGGGGCUUUAAUAAUCUCAUCUUGUUCAACUGACCUGCAUUCAAGAAAUAGGAAAAAAGAAAAUGGAGACAGAAGAAACUUUGAAUCUUCGUCGUCAACUCAAGGAAGCAGAGAAUGAGCGGAGGAAGGCAGCACAGUAUGGUUUGCAUUUACUGGAAUCACAGAAUGAGGUUCAGAAUCAGUUGGAUCAAAUACGCAGUGAAUUGACUGAAAAAACUGAGACAUUUGAACAAGAGAAAUUCUCACUUCAGAGAGAAAUUGAACUCAAGAACAGAAUGUUGGAAAGUUUGAGUUUUGAAUGUGAAGCUCUUAAGCAGCAGCAAAAUAUGCAGCUGGAGAAACAACGAGAACAACUGGAACGAGUUCAUGCACAAGAAAUUGGUGACCUCAAGAACAAGUUGGAGAAUCUGAAGGCAGAACUAGAUGAAACCCGAUUAAGUGAGAAGCAACUAAGGCAUAAAGUAGAACAUCAGAAGGAGAUAAUAACUGCUAAAGUAGAAGAAUUGCGUAUAAUGUCUGAACGUGUACAUGAAACUAUGUCUUCUGAAAUGUUAAAUCUUCAGAUUGAAUUAACAGAACUUGAAAACAUGAAGGCUAAUCUUGAAGAAAAAGUGAAUGAAUUGCAAUGCAAUAAAGAAAAACUGGAACUUGCAAAUAGCAACUUGCGUAACCAGUUGGAACGUCUUCAAGGAGAAAAAGAAGAGAGAGAAAAAGAAAUAGUUUAUUACUAUAGUGCAUUAGAGAAAGCUCAUGAAGUUAACCAGGACCUUCAAGUUCAGCUGGAUCACGCACUGCAGGAUUCCUUGGACCCUACCAGUAAGGGCAAUUCUCUGUUUGCUGAGGUGGAGGACCGUAGGGCAGAAAUGGAACGUCAGCUCAUCAGUUUUAAAGUGAAAUACCAGUCUCUACACAAGCAGCAUGCAUUCUCUAGAGGUGAAUUGCAAAGAAUGAAGCUACAGAUGGUUACGCUACUACAGAUAAAGGGUUCUCAAGCAGAAAUUGAGCAGCUGGAACGUUUGCAAUCCAUGUUAGAACAAAAGAAUGGUGAAAUAGAAAAUCUUAUAAUGAAAGUGAGACAACUGGAGAAAUUCAGGACAGAGGAAUUUAGAUCCAGUAGUAGUUCAAAAGGUGGAGAAUUUGAGGAUGGCUGUUACAUAGAUUUACUUCAAAUGAAGCUUGAGAACUCAAAUAAGGAGACAGAAACUUUAAGAAAUGAACUAUCAUUGCAAAGGAUGAAAGCUUUGUAUGAGAGCCAGAGAGUUCUGGAGGUAGAAAGGAAACUUUUUACACAUGAGAGGCAUUUGCAGAUAUGUCAGAGUGAGAACAUGAACUUACGUGUUUUGCUGGAUGAGCUGAAAAUGAAGUAUGAACCUGAAGAGCUAGUAAAAGUUCCAAAAAGUGUAACAAGGAGAGAGAAGAUACCAGUAGGCACAACUUGUGAAUAUUUAGAUGGUAAAAAUGCUUCAGUAAAGGAAAAUGCUUUCAUUCGGUCUCCAAGUAAGGAAGAAACAAAGUUAAGUGCCAAGAACUCUGAACAAAGUAGUGGUUCUGUGAAGAAGUAUGCUGUUGAGACAGAACCAGUGAAUAUAGUUCUUCUUCCGGCAGCACAAGUGACUGCACGUGAAAAGGAAAGGGAGAGUGUUAAAAUCAGAGAUGACCAUUGUGAUACCAAAACUGCAAAUGAAAGAGAAGGAAAUAAUUCUCUUACUUCAGCAUCUUCCAGGUUAACAGCUGAAUCCAGACUUGAAACUGUGGAAAAUGAAGACAUGAAAGAAAAUGCAAUCAAGUCUGAGAAGAAAAUGCGGAAGAAAACAUACACUACACUAUAUGUGUCUUCUAAAGAAACUUCUGAAAUGCAAUGUCCUCAGCAAUAAAACUCAUUUUUUUCAGAACAAAUCUGAAUAAUUUAAUGUUGUGCCUUAAAGAUUGUAUUGUGCAGCAAACAAGAUGCAAGUAAAUUAUUACUGUACAUGCAUGUUGGAUUUAAGCAGUGCAUCUUUCGUAUUUCAUGAGCAAUUACGGCUAUAUUAACUAGGGCUUAUGCUGUUCAUAUUUAUUUUAUGCUCAGAAAUGCCACCAAAUUUAAAUGUCAUAGUAACUUGAUCUGAAACUUUGGAGCCUGAAUUUUCAUUGGGACUAUAGUUAAUAGUGGUCUAGCGUUUUCACAAAGUCAUUUCAGAAUGACUAUAAAUUGCCAUAGCAAUGCUAUUAUCAAUGUGGAUGUAAACUAAGAGCAGGGUGUGCUUGGUUACUAGAUUGAAGAUGGGUAGUUUCUCUGAAAAUUUUGCAUUCCUAAAUUAUUUUUUAUAACUUCAAAGGAACACAUUCCAAAACAGUGCCCAACCCCCCUUACCCCCAGUGUAUAGCAAUUCCUGGGUGUCAUGCUUUUGUGUUUGUGUUAGAUUUUUGCAAACAAAUGGAACAUCUGUUGGCAUUUUAGAACAUCUGUGGGAUUUUAGAAAGGAGCAAUCCAUGGCUUCUGGUAACUAUUGGUAUAUUUUAUAAGUAUUCAGUAUUUCAAAUAUGCUGUGCCCCCACCCCUACUUUAAAAGAAUAUGCUAUAUCAAAAUUAAUGUAUGCAAAGUGUAUAACAUCAUAAAUGUAGUA